AUGGCCAACACCCGCAAGGGUUUGGUUGUGAGCUGCAGCUACCCACGGUCAGACCAUGAAUUGGAAGCGCCAGAGAAUGAUGCCCUCUUCUACGAGCGCUUGCUAAAGAACUUUGGCUUCAGUGUCCGCCGGCUGAGUGACUUGAAGCUAGGCUUGCAGAGUUCCCAUCGGGGAAACAUCUUGCGAUCUGUGGAGUGGCUGAUCCAGGAUGCGAAGCGAGGCGACAAUCUGGCUUUUGUUUUUUCUGGUCACGGACUUUGCACCACUUGCACCAGCAGUGAGCGCCGUGAUGAGCUCGACAGGGCGCUUCUAGCAGCAGAACUGGAGGAACCUUUUCCGGCAAACCUGCUUUUUGAUUCUGAGCUGCAAAGCCUUUUUGGACUACUACCAGCAGGGGUCUUGGUGACUUGCAUCAUUGAUGAUCCAUGUGGAGACCGUGUCCUACGACUGCCCUGGUACUAUGACGCAAAGACACGGUGGUGCUCUCCAGGACAUUCACACGGCGCAAAGUGUGCUCUCUCUCUAUAUAUAUAA